AUGUAUAUUCCAAAAGUUAAAUUUACCAAAUUAUGGUCUAAGACCGUGGAUUAUACAGUAUACUAUACUUAUUACUUAAUACUUACCAUAGUAGACAGUGYACUGUACAGUUACAGUUGUCGGUACUCUCACUCAUAGAUAUUAUAAUACAUAUCUAUAACCACACUACUCACGAAAAUACAGAAUAAAUAAGUGUAUUCCGUGCUGUGGUGCAUCGCUGCAUUGCAUACAGACUACUUGGUUAGAAGAUGAACUGCUAAUAAUUCUCAUCGUACAAAAUUUUUGAUAUAUUUCAUUACAAACAUGCAAAAAUACGAAAAACUUGAUAAAAUCGGAGAGGGUACGUAUGGUACGGUUUUCAAAGCCAAAAAUCGUGAAACUCUAGAGAUCGUUGCAUUGAAACGUGUGAGACUUGAUGAUGACGAUGAGGGUGUUCCAUCGUCGGCUUUACGUGAAAUUUGUUUACUGAAGGAGUUAAAACACAAGAAUAUUGUUCGACUUUAUGAUGUACUUCAUAGUGAUAAGAAAUUGGUACUUGUGUUUGAACACUGCGAUCAAGAUUUGAAAAAAUAUUUUGAUAGUUUGAAUGGGGAUAUUGAUCCUAAUGUUGUGAAAUCAUUCAUGUACCAAUUAUUACGCGGAUUAKCAUUUUGUCACAGUCAUAAUGUUUUGCAUCGAGAUCUUAAACCACAGAAUCUUCUUAUAAAUAAGAAUGGAGAAUUAAAACUAGCCGAUUUUGGUUUGGCUAGAGCGUUUGGAAUACCAGUUAAAUGUUACUCUGCAGAAGUUGUCACUUUAUGGUACAGGCCUCCUGAUGUUCUAUUUGGUGCUAAACUUUAUACAACGUCUAUUGAUAUGUGGUCUGCUGGAUGUAUAUUUGCUGAGUUAGCCAAUGCUGGAAGACCUCUAUUUCCUGGUUCAGAUGUAGAUGAUCAAUUAAAACGGAUAUUUAAACUUUUGGGAACGCCUACCGACGAGACAUGGCCUAACAUGACAACUCUACCUGACUUCAAGCCCAUGCCGAUGUAUCAGCCUAAUAUGACACUCGUUCAAGUUGUGCCUAAAUCAACAACAAAAAUGCGAGAUUUAUUACAAAGACUUCUGGUAUGCAAUCCAUCACAUAGAAUAUCAGCAGAACAAGCAAUGAGUCAUAUAUACUUUGCAGACAUAAAUUUGUUACCAAAAUAAUCAAACUUUGCUUUCACAUUGAAAUUUCAAAGGUGAAAUACAGUAUUAUCAGCAAAAUAAAAAUUAAUUUCGGGGUUUUGAAUCCAACUCAAGUAUAUAAGUAUUGCCAUGUUUGGAAUUAAUCUUUUGUUAACUUCUUUAGCCAAAGCUGGUUUUUACUCCAAUCUGUCCUUGUCCCAAAGUCUAACCAAGUUGUAUUUUACAAUUUGAAUGUAUUUAAUAAAAUGUGUAUUCAUUCUACAUAGUCAGGUUAGGUAUUUUGUUUGAUAUAAUAUAUAAUUUUAAUCAUUUAAUACAUGCUUAAUAGA